UAUGUGGCCAUCUGUAAGCCCCUGCACUACAUGACCAUCAUGAGCCACCGUGUCUGUGGUGUGUUGGUGGCCGUUGCCUGGGUGGGGUCCUGUGUGCAUUCUUUAGCUCAGAUUUUUCUUGCCUUGAGUUUGCCGUUCUGUGGUCCCAACGUCAUUGAUCACUAUUUCUGUGACUUGCAGCCCUUGUUGAAACUGGCCUGUUCAGACACCUACGUGAUCAAUCUACUUUUGGUUUCCAAUAGCGGGGCCAUUUGUACAGUGAGUUUUGUCAUGCUGAUGUUCUCCUAUGUGUUCAUCUUGCGAUCUCUGAGAAAUCACAGUGCUGAAGGAAGGAAGAAAGCUCUUUCCACCUGCAUCUCCCACAUCAUAGUGGUCAUCUUGUUUUUUGGACCUUGUAUAUUUAUAUACACACGCCCUGCAACCACCUUCCCCAUGGAUAAGAUGAUAGCUGUGUUUUAUACACUUGGAACACCUUUGCUCAACCCUGUGAUUUAUACAUUGAGGAAUGCAGAAGUAAAAAAUGCCAUAAAGAAGUUGUGGAGCAAGAAAUCAAUUUCAGAUGAAUGA